CUCCUCCUCCAGUUCUUCCUCUUCAUUUUGUCAUCCCCGUGAAGACGUACCCGACAUUUUUCAUGACCCUUUUGGUUAUACUAAUCGUUCCUCUACUGUCUUUUCUCUUCCUCACUUCUGCUGCUUAUUGCAAGCUUCUCAAUCACCCAACCAUGAUGAGUUUCUGUAGAAAGAUCACCCCUCACUCUCUUCUCGGCCCCACCGCCACCACCACCGCUGCUCCUCUCACUGCGAACGAAAACCUCCACCACUACAUUCCCUCCCUGACGGGAGGCUUGCUAGGGUUAGUCACUGCAACCACCAAUGAUGUCGGUCAGCAUCUUGUUUUGGAAUCUUCCUCCGUAGAGAAACAGAGCUCCAUGCCACCGCUCCCGUCGUUUUUACCGCCUCCCGCAACCAAGGUGGUUUCUGUAGGAGGCGGCGACAUCGGCGGGUUUGGCUUCCUAGAUGAAGUCGGUGGUGGCAAGGACGGGUUCGUGUCAUGCACGGAAAGUCUAGGGUUUGAGAGCUCGGAUGAGAUCAUGCGAGUGGACGAUCAGGUUGAGCUAGAUGACGAGGAGGUUGAGCUCAGCUUAAUGAGGCUAUUUGAGAUCAAGAGGUCCCAAUGGGGGAGGAUGAGAGAUAAAAGGUCAGUAGAUAAGGACAACAAUAAGUUUCCACCGCCGAUCUCUUCUUUGAAUAAGAACGGACACCCGAACUUCUAUCUCCGGUCUGUGAGGAAAGACGGGAGGCUGGAGAUCACAGAGGUGAGGAUUCAUAGGCCAGAGAUUCUACGCGCUCAUCGUGAAGAUGGACGCUUGAGGUUGCAUUUCAUCGGCCAUGAAGAAGACACCAUCGAAGAAGAGCAAGAAGAAGAAUUUGAAGAUGAAGGAGUUGAUGUUGAAGAUAUCAAUAAUGUGGAGGAAGGUAAAGAGAAUGUAGAAACUGAGAGUUGUGUGCAUGAUGGGGAUCACUGGAUGAUGGGGGUGGCCGGAGGAGAAGGGUUUAGGCGGUGUCAGGAUGUGGCAGGAAGUAGCCACCAUGUGCACCACCACCACCACCACCACCAUAACAACCACCAUAUGUGGAGCCAGCAACAUUGUGUGAUGUGAAUAUGUGAUGAGAUUGUUGAUGAGGGUGAGGUUAGCAGUUUUUGCUAGAAUAUCAAGAUUGAUGUGUGUUCUAGUCAACUGGCCGCGUUUAGAUUGAGAUAACUGUAAGUAGUUUUAAUUAGCUAGAGAGUACGUACGUUUAGUAAGGCUUGAUCGGCCAAUAAACAUAUUAUUGAUCUCCUCUAUUAGAUCGAUUAGAGAGAUAGAGGCAACGGGCAACCUAUCAUUUAGGUGCAUUGUUUGUGAGGGUAGCUUCUGCGCAUGCCUCCUUUGUACGAAGCAUUUUCGAUUAGAGCUUUUAAUUAGAAGUAGUGAUUCUCCUCAUCAAUCUGUUAUCUGUAGUACGUUUCGUGGAUCGAUCACAAGAGAGUAGAAUUGUACGUGUUGUGAAGUGAAAGUAGGGUCGAUAAUGUAUCCCAACAAUAGGCUAGGACAGUGCAUGUGGAAUCUCUGCAAUAUCAGGGAGAAGGUGGAGGGCGAAGCUGGCCCAGAAUAAAAGAAGCGAUGCAGGACCUGCAAACCAACUCAUGCAACAG